GCGAGUGUUUCUGAUCACCACUGUAUGACAGCGAAGUUACUUUAAAACUACCCAAUCGUUUUUCUAGCUUUUCAUCACUCAAAGUGUGCUAAUUUUUUUUGAACGCAAUCAGUUUUAUUAAGAAUUUGUAAUCAUUAUUUCGGCAAAUAGAAAAAUGGUGCGUGGAGCCAUGCGUGGUGGUAGACCCAUGCGAGGCGGGCUUCAUCGACCGCCUUUUAAGAAGACAUUCAUUCCGAGGCAUCCUUUCGAUUUAACGUUAGUUGCGGAGGUCUUAUUUCCAAAGGUGUCGGCACAGGUCGAUGAUUCUGCUCUUACAGCAGCACUUUUGAAGCGUAACCAAGAUCUGAGUCCCACCCCAGCUGAACAAACUUCGAUCGGAAAUUUGGUUACAAAAGUGCAAUCUGUUCUCGAUAAUUUAGUGGUGGCACCGGGUGACUUUAAUACUUGUCAAUUGGAAGAAGUACGGCAGGUGGGAUCGUUUAAAAAAGGUACCAUGAUAUCUGGCAACAAUGUCGCUGAUAUUGUUGUAAUACUGAAAACUUUACCCACGAAAGAAGCUUGCGAAGCUUUAGCUAAAAAAGUUGAAGGUGAUCUUAAGAACGCUAUGAAGACGGAAGUAUUAACAAAAGCUGACCAAAUAUACACCACUACGCAUGAUCGUGGAUUUGAUGUAGCAAAUUGGCAAGCAAAAGUUCGCAUCUUAAUAGCAACGCUCCCACAGAAUUUGCGAAAGUUAGAAGCCGAUAUACAUUUAGAUCAAAAACUUAUGCAAGCUCAUCUUGCAGCUAUUCGUCAUACAAGAUGGUUUGAAGAAAACGCGCACCACUCUUCUAUAAAGGUCUUAAUACGUAUACUAAAAGAUCUCACAAGAAGAUUUGAGGCAUUCACUCCACUUUCGCCAUGGAUGCUAGAUUUGAUAGCACACUUGUCUAUCAUGAAUAAUCCAUCUCGUCAGGCAUUGCCUAUAAACUUGGCUUUCAGGCGAGUCUUUCAGUUGCUUUCUGCUGGUUUAUUUUUGCCCGGCUCAGCUGGUAUAACUGAUCCCUGCGAGCCAGGGCACAUUCGCGUGCAUACUGCAAUGACGCUAGAGCAACAAGAUGUUUGUUGUUUAACAGCUCAAACACUUCUACGAGUGCUUGCACACGGCGGAUAUAAACAUAUACUUGGCCUAGAAGGAAAUACUAGUAUCGUACGGGAAAUGUCCGUGUGGAAUGGAGUGGUGGUAUCACCUUUGGAAGUAGUGUAUGAGAAACCCUCUGAUAAGAAAGACGGCGAGGGCGAGGAGGAUAUGGAAGCAGUCGAAAACGAUGGUGUUGCUGACGAUGACGCUGUUGAAUAAAGAUAACUUUGCAAUUUCUUAAUGUAUUUGAAAAAAUAUAGUUCAUACCAACUUAUCUACAUACAAAUAAUUGAUUACUUAUAAUUAAUAACUUAUUGAAUUAAAGCCACCGUAUUCAUAGAAUGGGACUUCGCCAGAGCAACAACA